AUGCAGUACAUACCACAAAAAGUACCAUUCAGUGGUCAUAUGAUUGUAGUCUAUUUGAUCGUAACUGAACUCAUAUUUGGGUGGAAAGUGAGCACAAAGUUGCGGACAAACGACACAAUGGCAGACGUCGUGAAGACGGGACCAAACACUGACACCAAUGGACCCAUUGAUGGCGACAACGAGGACUGGACUCUCGAGGAGUUCAUCCGAACCACUACUUCUGGCUUUUGAGGUCACCUUUGACCCCAUAUUUCAUACAAAUUGCAUGUAUUUAGCUAUUAAUGAAGUGUUAAUUAAAAGUAAUAAUUUUUUAUACUGUACUGUACUUGGUCAGUUAUCUCAAGCCUGUCCACCCAUACAGCC